UUUUUUGUUUAUUUUUUUACUAGGGGAACUAUUUAUCUAAGCAAGUCGAACACUUUUCAGCGACGGACUUCCAGCUAUCGACAGAGUCGCUCUUCCGUUUACCCUCCUGGGACAAAUUCAUCUAAUUUUCCCUCUAAAAUGCAGCUUUUCUUUCAUUUUAAAUCCUAAAACGUCACUCGCCUUUAUCAGUGUUAGCCUUUGAGUUCGUACUCAUAUUUUUGGGUGUGUUUUUGGGUCGGAAAUGGAUAAGUUUGAAGGCUACGUGUUCGCUGCUCUGUGCAGCACCAACUUCUUGGUGUCGUGUUUGAUCUUCUCCAAAGUCACCAGAGAGCAGAGGGAGCCUUACAUGGACGAGAUCUUUCAUAUUCCACAAGCUCAGAAGUACUGCCAGGGAAAAUUCAGCGAGUGGGAUCCGAUGAUCACCACCCCCCCUGGUCUGUACCUGGCCUCUGUGGGCGUUAUCAAGCCUGUGGUGUGGCUCGCUGACCUCACGGGCAACGUGGUUUGCUCCACCGCCAUGCUCCGCUUCAUCAACCUGCUCUUCAACUGCGGCAACCUGUACCUGAUCUACCUGCUGCUCUGCAAGCUCCACCCCCGGGAGAAGACCCGAACGGCGUCUCGGCGCAUCCUCUCCGCACUGUCGCUCUCCAUCUUCCCCGUGCUGUACUUCUUCAACUUCCUGUACUACACCGACGCCGGAUCUACUUUCUUCAUCCUGUUUGCCUACCUCAUGACACUUUAUGGCUGCCACAAAGCCGCGGCACUCCUUGGUGUCUGCUCCGUGCUCUUUCGCCAGACCAACAUCAUCUGGUUGGCAUUCUGCGCCGGCACUCUGGUGGCUGCCAAAAUGGACGAGGCCUGGAGGGUGGAGCAUACCAAAAAGAAGGAGGAGAAGUCUCCUCCCUCCCAGGUGCCACUGUCGUUCGGCGGCGUAAAGAAAGUACUGCUCUUCUCAGUGGAGUUUUUCACCUCACCCGGGCAUGUUAAGGCGGUGCUGCUGGCGGCCUGGCCGUACGCCGCGGUUGCCGGGGGUUUCCUGGCGUUCAUAGUGUGGAAUGAUGGGAUCGUGGUCGGCGACCGGACGAGUCACGAGGCUUGCCUCAACUUCCCGCAGAUCUUCUAUUUCUUCUGCUUCUCCCUCUUCCUAUCAUUCCCCGUCUCGGUGUGCUACCAACGCGUCAUCCGCUUCCUGCAGGCUCUGAGGAAGCAGCCGGUCCUCUUCCUCCUCCUCACCGUCGUCUCCCUACUCCUGGUGUGGAAGUUCACGUACAUUCACAAGUAUCUCCUGGCCGACAACCGCCACUACCCUUUCUAUGUGUGGAAGAACCUCUUCCGGAGGCACGAGGUGAUCCGCUUCCUCCUAAUUCCAGCGUACAUAUUCGCCGGCUGGAAUUUCCUGGACUCCUUCAGGUCACGCUCACUUUUCUGGACUCUGGCGUUCCUGAGCUGCCUGCUGGCGUCCACCAUCCCUCAGAAGCUGCUGGAGUUCAGGUACUUCAUCGUCCCGUACCUGAUGUACCGCCUGCACAUGCCGCUCCCGUCGCUGCCCCGCCUGGUGGUGGAGUUCCUGCUGUACGCGGCGGUGAACGCCGCCACCAUCUACGUCUUCAUCGCCAAGACGUUCCGCUGGCCAAACAGCGCCGACACACAGCGCUUCAUGUGGUGAGGACGGACACUGUUACCCAAAGAAGCUCAUCAACACGAAAUGUUGGAGGAGGAAAUGGUUCAAGCGACAUUCCUGAAAGGAUUUGUGCAGUCCGAUGGGAAGCAGAAGCAGUCGGGACUCGGGUGGGAUAUGGAAGUUGGGGAGCAGCAUCACUGAACUCUAAGAAACUCCCAGUUUUCCGCUUUAGCAGCAUCACUUCCUGUGAAAUCUUCUGCUCGAGCGCUGAUCAGCUGCUGUUGUCCUUUCUUAUGAUUUUGUGAAAAUAAAGUAUCUGAAGUGACAAUUGAAGAGUUGACUCAGGAUGACAUUGAAUACCAAAAUAUUUGAUAAAACAUCCAAGUUAAGGAUUUAAAGUUUUGCUGAUGAAGAACAUUGAUGGUUUCUUUUUACACUGAUGAUCCGCUUUUGUUUGUUUACGUCUAUGAAGCCAUAAGGAGACACUGGAAGUCCUAAUUCUCCUGUAAUACUAUGAAAUAUUUUUCUUAACUCAAAUCUGAGAAUUUUAUGUUGUUACUAGUUUUUUUUACCUUUUUGUUUUAUUGAUUUUGCCAAAUAUUUUUUUUUAAACACAAAAAGUCUGAAUGAUAAUUCACUUCUCGUCUGUUACUAGAUUUGUCUCUUUAUUACUAUUUUUUUUCUUUUUUUUCAAGUUUAAAAAGUAAAAUGGUUCAAAGUUUUGGGGUUUUUUUUCUCUUUCGCAGCUUUUUUUUGUACUUUAUUUUGAAAUUUCCUUGUUUUUGUCUGGGAUUUUUCUCCCAACAUCCCAAGUUCUUCAUACUUUUUCGUCAUUCCUUGUUACCUGUUAAUCUAAAGUUAAAAAAUGAUGGGAUAAUCUUGUAGAGACAAUAACUUGUUCUUGUUACUGUAGCGCCCUCUGCUGUUUUAUUUCCAGGUACCUUUUGAAUGUUUGUUUUCUCCAUCCAGUUGGUAUUAAACCUUUUCAAAAUAAAAGUCCUGCAGUGAAUGUU